AGAGAGCUAUGACUGUUGAAAAGUCAUCAAUCUUAAAAUCCUGUUGGAGAGCAUGGCUGUUUGGAGAUUCCACUGACUGUGUGCUGAAAAAGCAAAGACUUCCAUUAAAUUGUUUCCUGAACUUUGGGAACAUCCCUGUGGGGGAAGAAAAAGAGACAAGGGCUUUUCUUUUACGUCAAAUGGCCUUAGAGAGUUGGCCCAGUUAAAGUUCGCUGCCACACAUGUCAAAGACGUUGUUUGCAAAGGCCAGAGUUGAAGUGGAGAUCUUUUCAGCUGCUCUUCUCCAGGCUGUGCUAAAGUGCCGGAAUCACUCCUGAAGGCAUGUGCUGCUGUGAAGACCACUGAGGACCCCCGCUCUCUUCACACUGCAGGACUACAUAACACCUGUAGCCAACCAGACAAGAGGAAGCGCGAUGAAUUUGGCCUGCGUUCAGCUGUUCUUUGCCGGCGCCUUGUGGACACUGCCGUGCACGACAGCAGCAGUGGCGGUGAACGGCACAACAGAGCAGCUUCAUCUCGAUGAGGUUUCAAUGGAGGAUGUCCUGUGGAACAGCAGUGACACCAGCGCACCUCGAGCGCGGCGGAAACGCUUCAUCUCCAGCAAAGAUAUGACGGCAUUACUGGACUAUCACAACCGCGUGCGCUCACAGGUCUUCCCACCCGCAGCAAAUAUGGAAUAUAUGGUGUGGGAUGAGAGACUGGCUAAAUCUGCAGAGUCCUGGGCCUCUCAGUGCAUAUGGGACCAUGGACCUCCUCAUGUUUUGCGGUCCACUGGACAGAAUCUGUCCAUUAUUUCUGGAAGAUACAGAUCGAUCGUUGAUCUGGUAAGAUCCUGGUAUGGAGAGAGACACUCUUUCUCCUUCCCUAAUGGAUGCAGUGGCUCUGUCUGCACACACUAUACCCAGAUGGUGUGGGCCAACAGCAAUAAGAUUGGAUGUGCUGUCAGAAGGUGUUCAAAUAUAUAUGUUUUCGGAAGUAUGUGGAAACAGGCCACUUUACUGGUUUGCAACUAUUCUAUCAAGGGGAACUGGGUAGGAGAGGCUCCAUAUAAGACUGGAAAACCAUGCUCUGCGUGUCCCUCAAGCUAUGGAGGAUCAUGCCAUAAAAACCAGUGUGACUCCAGAUCAAAAUCCAGAAGAAAUACGAGUGGUUUCAGAGGCUAAGCGAUAAAAAAAAAUCCCUAAAAUCCCCCAAAAAUUAUUUUAUUAAAAAUGUAACCACUAAAAUGUACAAUUUUUACAAUGCAACUUAUUCCGUGGUUAUUUUAUUAAAAAAAUAAGUGCUGUAAAAUGUCCAAUUAAUCAAAUGUGUAAUUGUCAAAUUGCAUCAACUGUUGUUGUGUUAUCAUCACCCCAUAGUUGUCUAUGUUUAUUUUAUUACUUUAUAAGUUGUUUAAUGUUCGCCGUUUGUUGUUUUUCAAGGCUUUGUUUGCACUGUUUUACUUAUAAUUUGUUUGUACUAAGUUGCAUCGCAGUGACAAUUCACAUUGGGUGUUAAGCACUUUCUUUCUUUUAUUAUUAUUAUUUUGUUCUUUUUGUACAGGUAAUAAAUUUUCUUUAGAUUAGGAAAA